CGAACAUGGCGCACAGUGGAGCCUCCCAGUGGCGAUAAACGGAACAGGUUAGCGACCUGCACGUCACAACUCGGCAACACUCACACACGGCGGGCGCACAUGCACCGAAUUCCUUUUUUUUAACAUGUAAAUGUACUGCUGCUGCCUGCUGCAGCAUCCAGUGCGUAUUGCACGUUUUUACAAGGUGCAACCCCUGCGCGCACACACACACACACACACUGAAGAUAAAGGAUAGAUGCGGCUGGUCCGGAUGUGGUGACGCUCACACGACGGUGGAUGAUUCCAACCGCAUCGUCGUCAUGCGAAUGCAAUGACUGGAAGGUAUCUCGAGAUGGUCAAUUCAAGACUACAUGAGCCCCCGCAGGCAUUAAGAGGACCUGUUCGAGACGCAACGGAGCCCAUUGGAUUGUCGCAUUUAUCCCGCACGAUAGCCAAGACGGAGCAACCUGUCGCGGACGACUCCGUGUAGGAACAUCUGCUUCGCUCGGAUUCCAGCUGCAAGUCAAAUCCACGAGGAAAGAGUAAUGUCAUCGGCAUCCGUUCACAGGAUCCUACGACCUCUUUUUUUGGGCACCUUCAUCCUGGGGUGCUUCGUGACUCUCUUUUUGAUGUAUUUUAAGCCGUCCACCAGCUGGCUGUCGGGUUCGGCCGAGUCCAACGUAUCCAGCGAGCGCCUCAAGGGCGUCUUCUACGCCAAGGGCGAGCGCAACGUGACCACCGUGCUCAUCUGGUUCUGGCCCUUCGGUCAGACGUACGACCUGAACGCGUGCCCCUCGCUGUUCAACAUCGACGGCUGUUUCGUCACGGCCGACCGGAACCUCUACAACAAGUCGGACGGCGUCCUCAUCCAUCACCGUGACAUCUCCUCCAACUUGUCCAACCUGCCGCCGCUCCAACGUCCGUCCUUCCAGAAGUGGAUCUGGUGGAACCUGGAGUCGCCGUCGCACUCCUCCCAGCUGGCCGGCAUGGAGAACAUCUUCAACCUGACGCUCAACUACCGGCGCGACGCCGACAUCGAAGUGCCUUACGGCUCUUUGCUAGCGACGGAGGGCGAGGGCGACUUUGUCCCGCCCAGCAAGAACAAACUGAUCUGCUGGAUCGUGAGCAACUGGAAUCAGGAGCACGUACGCGUCAAGUACUACAACGAGCUGUACAAGCACAUCGAGGUACACGCAUACGGCCAAGCCUUCGGCGAGUACAUCACGGACCAGGACUACUUCCCCACCAUCGCCAGCUGCAAGUUCUACCUGGCGUUUGAGAACUCCAUCCACAAAGACUACAUCACGGAAAAGUUCUACAACCCGCUGGCCGUGGGCACCGUACCUGUGGUGCUGGGUCCGUCGCGGCAGAACUAUGAGAAUUUCGUCCAGGGCGACGCCUUCAUCCACGUCGACGAUUUCGCCUCGCCCAAGGAGUUGGCCGAUUACCUGCUGUUCCUGGAUAAGAACGAGGAGAUGUACCUCCGAUACUUUCAGUGGCGGCGGCACUUUAAGGUGAAGAUGCCGCUCUUCUGGGCUGAGCACACGUGUCUGGCCUGCGACUACCUGCGCAGGCACAGGGAGUACAAAACGGUCAAGAACCUGGACAAGUGGUUCUGGGGCUGAGCCCAGUUGUGCCGCCGGGGAAGGCUUCAUUUGCCUCGUCCCAAAACUUGCACAUUUGUGUUCUUGUCAUGAUGCGCAGACCAAUUCCAUUUGAAAUGGAGCCAGUUUUUUUAUUUUUAUUUUUUUGCAAAGCCUUAAUUUUGACUUUUCUCUUGCCCCCCGCAAAGCGAUGCCCAUCGACGCAUUCAACAAUGUUCCUGACGCUUUUUGGACCCGUGAUGAUUCAGAGACCAAAAGUCCAAAAUGGCCACGGUCAAUUUCAACACGGCGGGUUUCGCUGGGUUCAGGUGAAAGGCGGACAAACGACGCCCUGAACUGGUCGCCGGCCAAGUAGGUAACGCGCACGCAGAGACAAACGAUCAUUCACACCCACGUCCAAAACGUGACUGAGCUAAAAAUCAAAAUACGCUCGUAAUUAUCUGUUAUGUAACAUAGAUUUCCUAAGGAGCGCUAGCAGCAACCCAAUGAGCACUCAACAACACUUUUUUUUUGACGGAAAAUCCUAACAAACGAUCAUUAAACUCCCCAAAAUGGCAAAGCUAGCUAUCUGGAAAAGAAAAAGCUGGACUUUGCUUUUUUGAAGGAUCACGACACAUCCGUAGUGACCAUAAAAGAGUGCCAAUAAAUAGCAUUUAUGCUAGCUUCUGGGCUAACCGCUAACAUUCGCGGUCAGUGUCCAUUCCUGUUGUUGCAUCCCCCGAUUUUUGAAGACUUUAGGAAUUUGGAUGUGUCGCCCAAAAUAAGAGCCAAAGAAAAUGGAAAACAAAAAGAUGUCGACUCUUGUCACUAAAGUGUCGCGGCGCAGAUACCAAUUCCCAUACCCGACAUCAGGAUGUUCUCUUUCAACAGCAAAUGACUUUAGCGUUACUUACAUUUAGUUUUGUUUUGUUCUCACACCAAUAGAAGACUUUCUAUGUUCUGAAGUCUCAUUUCAACACUUCGGCUCCAUUUUCUUUUGUUUGACAAAUGGCUAAGACUGGAUCCUUUAAGAUUUCACAGGUUCUCCAUUUUUUUUUAUUGUAUUCCUGACAUCGAAUGUUUUAAAAUUAAGAAGAGUGUUGUGCGUAACAAUAAAUGGUUAACACUGUAGACCUUUUUUUUUUUAAUGGUUGACAGGUGUUUUUCAUACUGUAUUACCAGUAACUCUAACUUUGUCUUUACUACGGCGCGCUGUGAACUGAAAACUGAACUUGGUCGUAAACUGAAGACUCCAAAGACUCUUGUGCAUAGUCAGAUUCUUAUGCAAGAUCGUUUCUAACUUCUGCCAUACACUGGAAAAUGGCGUGUGUGAUACUGCAACCUUUUUUUUUUUUUCAAUCCGAUCAGAAAAAAAACAACAACAAAACGGUAAAUACAAUUUCUCCCUUCAUUUGUACUAUUUUUCUGGAUUUUCUGUAUUUAUUUAUUUAAAUAUUUAUUUUUUUUCCCGGAUAGAACAUUUGCAGAGGAACUUUGAUACCCCCCCAAAAAAAUUAAAAAAAAAUCUCCCUUUCAGCGCAGUUCUUUUCUGGCUUUUGAAAAGACGAGUACAAAUUUGAAAAUAAAUUCAACUUUGAGUCAAUGUGUAAAUUACCAAAGCACCUCAAGAAAACCUUGAAUUUAUGGAAAAACUGGCCUUCUGUAUGAUUAAAAAAAAAAAAUCCAAUAUCCAUCUUCUCCCAUUGAAAAUACCGCCAUCGAUAUUGUCUAUAUUUGGAUCUUUGUGGCCACCACUACAGGAUUGUUUUUUUGUUUUCCUUAUGGAGCGCCAUAGUGAAACAUGUAUUUAUGUAAAAAGAAAAAAAAAAACCAACGUCAUGUGACAAGGUAUGAGAAGGGGUAUGUUGUGUAUAUUUUGGAAGUGUUCGCGUUACACUCUGACGUCGAUGGAAAUGUCGUGGUAACCUUUUACCGAGCUUUUACGCUGCAGUGUGCUUGUCACGUUGGCCUGCUUGACUCUCUCUUGUUUUGCCAAACUUGUGCAGCCUCCGUGUGUGUGUGUGUGUGUGUGAACGUGACGCUCUCGCUGAGGGGGCGUGAAUCUCCGAGGCCCCAAAAAGAACACAUACACACACAAAUCAUACGUGGCAUCAACGUGUGUGUGUGGGUGUCAAUGUGUUUCGCUAUGUCGCCCAUUUGAAAUGUGUCAAUCGAGGUUUUUUUUUUUUUCAUUUUUGCCAAAUCACUGUAUUUUGCCAAAUGUUGUAUUUGAACUCUAGAUGUUAACUAGUGUCAAAGAAAAAAAAUAAAGAGUGAAACGUG